CAGUGCCUCGUUCCAUUUCUAGAUCAAGAGCCAUCAAAUGAAGACCCAAUAAGAGCACAAGAGCUAGUAGUGUUCCUUAUUAAUACAACCGAGAGAGACAGAGAGAGAGAAAGAAAGAAGAUGCUACACUCUCCAAAAAUGAACGAAUUAGUUUCCUACCAAAACUCCACCCAUACCACGCCCUUCAGUUGUAGGUGUGGCCACAUUAAAAUGGCGUCUCAACAAGGAGUGCUUGACGAGAAAGGGACGGAACUUAUUGCUAGUUAUAAAGCGAUUGCAGCUAAACUAAAGAAGAGAUUUAUGAAGAAACCAAACGUCAAAGCAGCUAGUGUAGAAUAUGGGAAACUAGCAAAUUCACUCAAAAAUGAAGAAAACAAUGAAUACGCUGCUCUCUGCUUCAUGGCAAUGGCAAAGUGUGACCAGUUGACUGCUGACAGUGGCAGUGAGGCGGAGUCAUGGGCUAACGCUGGUAGACAGUUCAUACUAGCGGAGGAGAAGCUGAUGGCAGCCAGGAAUGUCAGCUAUAAUGACAUGCUUGAGGCUGGGAUACACUCAUUUCUACUAGCAGUUCAUGUCUUAGAGGUUCAAGGGGACAACCUUUUGGCGGCUUCUUUUGCACUGGAAGCCGGUCAGAGGCUAAUGAAGUGCGAGUGGUAUUCACAGGCGGCCAUUUUCCUCCAGCGGGCAGUGGACCUUCAAUCGCAAACCAUUGACUGGAGGAUCGAUACUUUGGGGAAACUCGUCAGCUGCAGACUUCAACUGCGUGAUUACAGCUCUGCUUUAGGAAUACUUUCUCAAAUAGUAUCAGAAUCAAAUGGAAAGGAUGGCCCUUACGAACAGCUGAUAAACUCCUGUAGCAUCUCACAAUUAUUAAUACUAUUAUUAUUGAAACCAAACAGAAGACACUUAUCAGCACAAUUAGCAGCUGUUUGGGACAGCUACUCUAAACUUCCCUCACUAGACGACUUAAAUGAUAAAAGACUAUUGCUCCAUGCAUUGACAGUGGCAGUAAAUGAAAAGGAUUACUCGUCUGUGAAGGAUAUAAGUAUAAAGUUGAGGCCAUUAUUAACAUCAGAUCAGAAGCUGUUGCUACACACUGUACUGGAGGAGUAUUCUUAUCAUCAUUCCUUACAUUAAACAAUUUGUCGUGUUUUCGUGUUUGGAUUUUGAGUGUUCAUUAACAGAGCCUAUAUAUAUAUAUAUACUACAAUAAAAUUAAUUCUUGUAUUAUUAUUAUUAUUUUUAUUAAACACACAUACAUGUACAUUAUGUAGAAGUGCAGGUUACAUUCAAUGAGUUGACUAUUAACGUAUUAUUAUUAUUCAUCACAAUAAGUAUCAGUUUAGAGAUCAUGUA